GUGUAUUUUCUACUCCCGAGCUCGAUUUGACUCCCAGUGUGAGAAAAACUGCCUUCAAUAGAGGAGUUCGGAAAUAGACGAUCGCCUCUGAAGGAUCUUUUUUUUUCUACGUCGUGUGAUUCAUCGAAAUUACUUUUGUCUCCAUGGAUAUGAGAAAGCUUAUUGGCUUAGUUAUUUUGAUCCACCUGGCAGCUGGUGCAUCUGAAGAUGAUUCGGUCGAGGCUAUUCAAGAUGGAAAUGACCCCAGCACGAAGGAAGCAGAUGAAGUCUCAGUGCAACUCCCAACUCCCACUCGGCUGAAUCUCUCUUCUGGGACACAGCCUGGACUACUAGAUUCCCAUAAUACAGGACCCUCCUUCCCCAACUCAUCAGGAAUCAAGACUACGAAUGUGCCAAGAUUUCAGGAACUUAAAACUCAUGAUGAUUUUCGAGAUAUAAGUCUGCAAGUGUCAAACAAGAGGACCCGUGGCACCGGACGAAAUUUUAGGAAACGUAGGAUUCCAAAAAAUCGAAGUAUUGCUCAAGAGGUUCCUCCUUACAUAAAUACAAACUUGAACAUACCACAUAUUCACGGAAAAAAUAAACAGGACAUCGAGAAACCGGGGUUACCUGAUAAUCACGAAUCAGGUACUCUUAAUUCACAAAAAACAAUAUUCCCUAAAUUUCUACGUGCUAAAAACACACGUGAUUACACAAAUAUUCCCCAAAAUCAUUAUUUUCCUAAUGCGGUUGAUACAAAUGUUCCACAAAUUCCAGAAAUCAAUUUGCCUCCUAAACCAUCCAUUACUCCAGUAGAACUUCCUAUCCCACGCCUACCAGACACAAACAUCACACAUACUCCUCCACAAACCUCCAGCCCUGAAAUAGAAGACGUCCCACAACUGAAACGAUCAGCUGUUAGCAAUCCAGAUGACCCAGAUAAUACUCUUUCUGAAGAUCAGCAUUUACCCACUGUUGAACAUCCCAAGAUAUCAACGGAAAAUAUAUCAGCAAUUAUACACACACUCAUACAAAACAUAAGUGACUCAAAAGUUCCACAAAUUAUAGAAAUAACUUUAUCUCCUGUCACACCAGUAACUCCGGUAGAACUACUUACACAAAAACUCCCACUGACGAACAACACAAGUACUCCAAUGCAAAUUGAUUCUCAUCCUGAAACAUUAUACACUCCAGAAUUAGAACUACCAAGUGUCAACAACAUAAAUCCUUCAGAUAGUUCAGUUCUGCAGGAUCGUCACAUACCAGAGCUAGAUACAUCAGAAAUUGUAAACUCAGUCACACGAAACUUAAGUGAUGUAAAUAUUCCACAAAUUCCAGAUUUCAAUAUACCUCCUGUUCCAACCACAGCUCCAAAAGAACUUCCCAUUCCAGAGCUUCCAUUGAUAAACACCACACCUAUUCCACAGAUUUCUAGCCCUCAAACACAAAACGUUCCAGAAUUAGAAGUGCCUGCUGCUAACAAACCACAUUAUCCAGACAUUCCCAGUCCUGAAGAUCAAGAUCUUCCAGUCGUAGAACAUCCCAAAAUACCAGAGAUAAAUAUGUCAAAAAUAGUAAAUCCAGUUAUGCAAAAUAUAAGCGAGGCAAAAGUUCAACAAAUUCCAGGUAUCAGUUUGCCUACUAUUCCAGCCCUAACUCAAGCUGAACUUCCCUUUCCAAAGCUUCCAGUCCCAAAUGCCACACACAUCCCACAGAUUUCUAGCCCUCAAAUGAAAGACGUUCCUGAAUUUAAUCUCCAAUCAUUUAACAAACCAAAUUAUCCAGAUAUCCCUGUGUCUCAAGACCACGAUCUUCCUAAUGUAGGAAAUCCUGAAAUACCAAAGCCAAAUACACCAGCAAUUGUAAAUCCAGUCAUACAAAACAUGAGUGAUACAAAACUUCCAUCAAUUCCAGAUACAUCUUUACCUCCUAUCACAGCCAUAACGCCAGCAGAACUUCCUGAACUUCCUGUCCCAAUGCUUCCACUGACAAACUACACAAAUAUUCCACAGUUUUCUCGCCCUCAAAUAACAGACAUUCCUCUGAAACAACCAGCUAUUAUCAAACCAGAUGAUCCAGAUAUUCCUAUUCUGGAAAGUCACGAUCUUGCUAAAGUAGAGCAUACAAAGAUACCAAACCUGAAUACAUCAAAACUUGCCAACCCUGAAGUUCAGCAAAGUCCAGACUUCAAAAUACCUCCUGUUCCAACAGUAACUCCUAUAGAACUUCCUAUUCCAAAUUUUCCACUUUUAAACGACACACAUCUUCCACAACUUUCGGACCCUCCAACACAAGAAAUUCCAAAAUUAAAACUAACCGCUAUUAUCGAACCAAAUAUUACUAGGCCUAAUGAUCAAGAUAUUCUUAUUGUAGAGCAUCCUAAUAUAUCAGCAAUUGUCAGCCCUUUCAUACAAAACAAAAGUGAUGCAACUGUUACACAAACUCCAGAUUUCAAUAUAUCUCCUGUUCCAACCAUAACUCCAGGAGAACUUGCAGUCCCUAAGCUUCCAGUUACAAAUGUCACGCAUAUUCCACAGAUUUCCAGCUUUCAAUCAAAAGACAUUCCAGAAGUAAAUCUCGCAGUAAUUAACAAACCAAAUUACCCAGAUAUUCCUAUGCUUCAAGGUCAUGACCUUCCUAAUGCAGAAAAUCCUGAAAUACUAAAGCCAAAUGUAUCAACAAUUGUAAACCCUGAAGAGAAUGCACAGAUUCCAGGUAUCAUUUUGCCUCCUAUUCCAACCAUGACCCCCAAAGAAGUACCUAUCUCAGACCUUCAGUUUACAAAUAUCACACAUGCUCCAGAAAUUUCUGGCCCACAAACACAAGAUAUUCCAAAAUUAAACCUAACAGCUAUUGUCAAACCGAGGGAUCUCGUUAUAACAAGUUCUCAAGGUCAAGAUUUUCCUAUUGCAGAACAUCCUAAAAUACCAGAGCUAAAUACAUCAACUGUAAACCAAAUUGUCCGCAACAUAAGUGAUGAAAGAAUUCCACAAAUUCCAGACACAACUUUACCUCCUAUGACAGCCAUACCUCCAGCAGAGUUUCCUAUCCCAAAGCUUCCACUUAAAAACAUCACAAAUAUUCCACCGAUUUCUCGCCCUCAAAUAAUAGACAUUCCAGACCUAAAACAGCCAACUAUUAUCAAACCUGAUGAUCCAGGAAUUCCUAUUCUGGAAAGCGAUGGUCAUCCUGAAGUAGAGCAUCCUCAAAUACCGGAGCUAAAUACAUCAGCAAGUGUCAAUCCAGUCAUACACAACAUAAGUAAUACAAAACUUCAUCAGAUUCCAGAUUUCUAUACACCUCCAGUUCCGACCAUAACCCCAUUAGAACUUCCUAUGGUCAAACUCCCACACGCCAACAUCACACAUAUUCCACAGAUUAAUGGUCCUCAGAGACAAGACAUUGCAAAACUAAAUCUCCCACCUAUUAGCAAACCAGAUUAUCCAGGUAUUCCAAUGCCGGAAGGUCAUGAUCUUUCUACUGCAGAAAAUGAUGAAAUGUCAGAGCUAGAUAUGUCAUCGCUUAUAAAUCCAGUCAUACAGAAAAACAUAAGUGAUACAAAACUUACCCCAACUCCAGAUAUACCUUUAUCUCCUAUCACGCCCGUAACUCCAGUAGAACUUUCUAUCAAACAGCUUCCAGUUACAAACUUCACACAAAUUCCACAGGAUUUUAGCCCUCAAAUACAAAACAUUCCAGAAUUCAAAGCACCACCCUUUAGCAAACCAAAUUAUCCAGACAUUCCUAAUCCUAAAAGUCAAGAUCUAGUUGUAGAACAUCCCAAACUUCAAGUCAUAAAUAUGUCAAUAAUUGUAAAUCCAGUUGUACAAAAUACAAGUCAUUCAGAAGUUCAACAAAUUCCAGGUAUCGAUUUGCCUCAUAUUCCAGCCAUAACUCAAAAUGAACUUCCCAUUCCAGAGCUUACAAUCACAAACAUCACACAUACUAUUCCAAAGAUGUCUAACACUGAAAUACAAGAGGUUCCAGAUUUGAAACAAUCAGUAAUUAACAAACUAAAUUAUCCAGACACUACUGUGGUUCAAGGUCAUGACCUUCCUAAUACAGACAAUCAUGAAAUACUAAAGCCAAAUGUAUCAGCAAUUGCAAAGCCUGUAAAGAUUGUACAAAUUCCAGAGAUCAAAUUGCCUCCUAUUCCAACAAUAGCCCCUAAAGAGCUUCCUAUCUCGGACCCCCAAUUUAUAAAUGUCACAGAUACUCCAGAAAUUCCUAGCCCACAAACACAAGAUAUUCUCGAAUUAAACCUAACAGCUGUUGUCAAACCAGAAGAUAUAAUUAUAAAAAGUCCUACGAGUAAAGAUAUUCCUAUUCCAGACCAGCCUGAAAUUCCAAAGCUAAAUAUAUCGACAGCUGUAAACCCAGUUAUAAGCAACAUGGGUGACGAAAUAAUUCCAGAACUUCCAGAUACAACUUUACCUCCUCCACUGAUUACUCGCCCUCCAAUAGAAAAUAUUUCAGAAUUGAUUCUACCAGCUGUUAACAAACCAAACUAUCCAGAUAUUCCGAUUGUUGAAGACCUUUAUCUUCCUAACGUAGAACAUCCUACAAUACCAAGGAUAAACAUGCCAACAAUUGUAAACCCAGUCAUACAGAACAUGAGUGGUAUAACUCCGACCUCUAUUCCAGCAAUAACACCAGCAGACCUUCCAGUCCCAAACCUUCCAUUAGCGGACGUUACACAUAUUCCACAGGUUUCCACUCGCCAAAUGCAAGAUGUUCCAAUGGUGGAAUACCCUGAAUAUCAAGAGCUUAAUAGAUCAGAAAGGGAAAAACCAUUAUUCUCUGAUAUAAGUGGUAAUCAGGUCCCAGAAAUUCCAGACGUAGAAUUAAAUGACACACGAGCCAUACAUCCACCAGGAAUUGUUACUCCACAUUUGCCUGAAGUAAACAUUACACAUAGUCAACAAUUUUCCAACGCUGAAAUAACACCUGUUCCUAAUUUGAAUCUACAGGAUAUCAUAAGACAUAUUUCAUCUGUUAAUCCUGAAACGGUCAAUCUCAAAUUACCAAACAUAAGCUUACCUAUAUUUUCACAAGAUGAUAAACUUAAUCUUACCAAUAUUCCAGCUUUUCAAGGUCACGCUUUUCCCAAAGAUGAACCUCAUUUAUACCUUCCAAUAAUUUUAGCAAACGCUAACAAACUCAAUUAUUCGGAUAUCCCUGGUAUUAAGAUUCCUGACAUUCCAAACCUAAAUGUAUCUAUGGUACUAACGCCAGUUACACUCAAGGUAAAUGACACAACUGCCCCAGAAAUCCAUUAUGUUCAUUCGCCUCACAGUCCUCCCAUAGCACCACUUAAACUAAACUUAACAAACAAGUCACAACGUCCUAUACUUGAAAUUCCAGCAGUUCCAAAUCUACACCUCACAUUAAUAGCAUCUGACUGUCCAGAAUAAACGUUUUCAAGUCUUCUGCAAAUAUAAAGUGACAUAAUUAUCACUAUAUUGUUAUGGAAUUCCUGGUUAAACAUGAACCUCCUGAGAUUCCAGAGCAAAAUGUAUUAAAAGUUCCAAAGCAAGUCUUCCUUAAGCGAUAAUAAUGUUUUAUAAAACCCAGAUUUGUAUUUGUUCCCAUGUUCCAUCUCUAUUGCAAAUUGAACACUUACAUAUCUGCAAAUAAACAGUGCAAUAUUCCAAAGUUUUUAACCACGAUGUAUAUCAGCAUUUCCUAGUCGAAAUCCAUCAGAAGUCAAGAAAUUUGACCUCAACGAAAUCCACCAGAAAUCAAGAAAUUUUACCUCAACAGUACAAAACUAUUCUUCAUGACGUUCCCAUGAGAUUUAGCAGAUAUUAACAAACAUUAAGUUCCAAUGUUGAAUUUCACCACUGAGUUCCUAAAUUUAGAAGACAGAAAAAAUGCUGUAGUAUCAGCAGGCGAGGCUGAGGUGAAGUGGUGAUUAAAUGGUGUCCUUGGAAUUCAACUGUAUGCAGAUAUAUCGGUUUGCUUGCCUUAUGUCACCUUAAUUAUAAAUAUCCUGUGCAAGUUCGAGCGUGUAUGGAAAAAUGUCGCAGUUGAAAUUCUUCACGAAAUGCUUGAAAAUUUAGGAUUGUAAUGAAUUGGAUAGUACAGUGCUAGGUGAAUAAAUACACGAAUUUC